AUGAUUAUUUCAUUGUCUCACAUACAAAAGCUUGUUGCCCCGGCGGCCCCUGCCGCUACCAAGACUCCUCGUAGUGGGUUGGGCAGGGUGGCCGCGACCCUAGGUCGUGAGUGGAGCGUUGCAGCGGCCAAGGCCAAGAUCAAGGCCAACAAGGCUGAUAAGUCCGCUGCAGCGGUCAAGAAGAAGUCGGACUCAACGCCUGUGAAGGCAACGACCACCACGCCCCGGGCUCCUUUCACUCCCACCGCCUACAACACCGAGGCCCUCCUUUUGGUGGCACGCCAGGGGUUGGCAGGGAAGUUGGAGAGGGCCGUCAUCGAGGUGCCCACCGACUUCGAGGUCGCCCCGAGGCCAUGCACGAUGUGUGCCCCGUGCGUCCUUUACAAGCAGACCUGCACCAAUGGCUACAAGCUUGCGGAGCAGCUCUACAUGGGACAGCACUUCGGGUAUAUUGCGCAGAUGAGCGCGGCUGAACUCAACAAGUCCGCCAACCGUCUUGUGAACACUCUGGACGCCUACGGCGGUCUUCUCUACUCAGCCCACAAGAUCCGCAUCCUGGAUAUCAGCCAGUUCCGCGACUUUGUUGCUGAGCUGAAGGAGCAUUUUGACGACGGCUCUGACGGACGCAUCGAGGCGAUGUUUGCCCAUACCGCAACCGAAAUCACCGCUGCCAAGUUGAUAGAAAUCCGCAAGGGUAUCCGACAGAUUCUGGCUCACGCAGCGUCCUUGGAUGGCGAGGCAAAAGAGCGGUUCGCGGCGCCCCCUGCAUUCUUCGAUCCAUUUUUCUAUCGCAAGAUGGAAAGGAUUGAGGAGGAUUUCCGGGAGGAGGUCGAGAAAGCCAAGGGGCUCGACAAGCAGGACCCCGCGACCGUUGGGGAUCAGGAUUUCCAGCCUGGUGAGCGUCGCAAGGCCACCUUGGUCACCCCCCAAAUCCUACCAGUUAGGUAG